UUGCGCGACCCGCGAGCUCCAAGACCCAACCGAACCAACCGAUCGAGCCACACCGAGCCGAGCGAGCCCAACCAAUUCCAUUCCCUUCCAGGCUUCCAGGCACAGCGGGCACACCGCAGAGGCAGAGCACCCCUCCCACCAGAGUCCAGAGCAGCCGCGCGCCAUGGCCGACGUCGAGAAGGCCCUCCCCGUGCCCCCCGCCCCCGCCGAUGGCGCGGGCGGGAGGAGCACCGGCGUGCUGGGCGCCGCGCUGCAGCGGUGGCGGACGCAGGACGCCCUGGAGCGGUCGGGGUCCGCGCUGCGCGCCGGGGCGUGGGCGCUCUCCCUGCUCGCGUUCCUCGUCAUGGCCUGCAACGAGCACGGCGACUGGAAGCAGUUCGACCGCUACGAGGAGUACAGGUACAUCGUGGCCGUCGGGCUCCUGGCCUUCGUCUACACGACGCUGCAGCUGCUCCGGCACGGCGUCCGCCUCUCCGGCGGCCAGGACCUGCAACCCAAGACCGGCCUCAUCGUCGACUUCGCCGGGGACCAGGUUACCGCCUACCUGAUGAUGUCGGCGCUGUCGGCCGCGAUCCCAAUCACCAACCGCAUGCGCGAGGGCGCAGACAACGUGUUCACCGACUCGUCGGCGGCGUCCAUCAGCAUGGCCUUCUUCGCCUUCGUCUGCCUCGCCCUCUCCGCUCUCAUCUCCGGCUUCAAGCUCGCAAAACAGACGUACAUCUGAGCCUAAUCGCACGGACGCACUUGCACAUAUGCUUCAUUCAUGGGUUUGUUAGUUUGGUCAAUUGUGUACAGUAGUCUGAAUUGCGUUUGUCAUUACCGCUGGUGUAUAUAGCCGAUUAUUUCUACCAUUACCUGAUUGUGUGGUA